UUGUUUUUGUUUAUCCUGAUAACUUGUUUUGUUAUGACCUUUCAUAACCACAAUAAGAAGCAACAGAAACGUUCUUUCGUCAUAAUAUGCUUCAAUUUUGAAAGAUGAAAAGAUUUUAAGUUUAUUUCAACACGAAUGCUUGUAAGUUCGUUGUGUGUUUGUGUGAGAUUUUCACGCUUGCCUUUGAUGAUAACCUCGCAAAAGUAAGAGGUUAAGAAGUUCAGUGAAUAAGAUGUUUUGUUUAGGACUUUGUCAAUGCAUCUACGAAGUGAGAAUACUGCAACAUGAAGCUGAGCUGACUGAUUGCUAGAGAAAUCAACACACACAUUAAAAACAGUAGUGUUGCAAGAGGCCAUGCAAUGUCAUCUGAAAGAAUACAAUUCCCUACUGAGUUGCCGUCUUCUGAUUCUACUUGUCAUGUAGACGAUGUAUGUUCAACUUCAAGUCCUGCCCGCCAAAUUUCAUCAAUGGUGUCUGGUCUUAAUGAGCAGGAGUUUUCUUCUGCAUUGUUUCAUAAGGGUAAUGAUGAUACUCAGCCAAGAUCAAGGAGAAAGAAACGACCGUUUUCACCAGAACCUAUUGGAAACCCCAAAAGAAACAUCAAAAUUAAAGCAAAACUUAAAGGACCAACUAGAAUUUCGAAGAGCUCAAAUAACGAUUCGCAACCUAAAUCAUUUUCGUGUGACAAAUGUGGUGCCUUGAGUGUUGUUAACCCAUCUCGCAGUAGAAUGCCUCAGAAUCAAAUCAAAAAGAUUCAGACACCACGAAAAAAAGUUGACCCAGUGACAAACAGAAUAUUGAAUCUUUGUAAUGCUUGUGGGCUCGCGUUUUCUCGUCCUCCAAGGCUAGAGAAACCAAGUUCUAUUUCAAUUGAAGACCGAGAUGGGUACCUUGCUGAAGCUCAUGCAUUUGCAAAAUCCAUCGCUCAAAGAGUUGGAAGGCCAGCUUUUGAAAGACUGUUCUGUCCUACUUUUAAGAACAGACCUUGUGGGUGCAUACAGACAUUCAUAUCCCAUCAAGGGGAUGAUGUUGAAAGUACAUUAGAAAAUAGAGUUGAAAGUUUAUUACAACUUUUCAACACUGCCUGUGACCUGAAUCGUAGAAAAAAUUUAUUUCCCGAAUACCAAUUGUCAGAGCAGAAGAGUAAAGAAAAGAGUCUUUCAAAUUCUACAGAGUGCAAACAACGUCAGAAAGAUUAUGAACAUUUUGUCCUAAACACCAGACAGUUACUUCGUGAAAAAUUGCACUUAUGUGAAAGAGCAUGUCAGCGAAUUCUGUUGUAUUCGAAUAAUUUUCUUCACAAAAGAUUAAAAUCAACUCCAGAUCAGGGCUCGCGUAUAUCCAAACAGACUGGUCGCAGUUGUACAAGUCAGCUAACAUCAAUACAAGAGUUAGGGACAAAGUCCUGUUGUUUGGAUAACUGUUCCCGCCUGGCACUUACUCAUUCAGCCCUAUUAGAGGACUGGAGAAAGCAGGCUUCCUUAGGUCAGCGGCAAGCCAGGCGAGUUCUAGCAGAAAUGCUAACUCCCUCUGGAGGAACAAAAUCUAAUUGUUAUAAAUUUAUCACAAUGGUCACUGGUUGUGGACCAACCACUAUCAGCUCUGUUAGUCAUCAAAUGCGUAUCACCAAGGGCAACAGAGACCCACCUGAACAUGGUCUGAGAAAGUGGUAUAGAGAAAAUCCACGUAAACUAAACAAGCCCUCCACUCACAUACUCAACUCCAGUCUUGAGCAAUCUGAUGAAACUUGUCAUAUGUCUUCAAUGUUACAAAUCCCUUUGGAAGCAACAGAUCAACCUCAUGUAGAAGAUUCAAAAAAACAGCUAGAGCAGCAGAAACUAGAGCUUGAAGAAGCUAAGCGUCAAUUAUACUUGAAGCAGCAGGAGCUUGAGCGCUGCCAGCAAAUUAUUGAUCAACAUAUUCGCCUCGGAGCACCACCUGCUAAUACUCGCAACAGUGAUCCUCUUUGGAAGAUUAAUAUGUUAAAACAUUCAGAGAAGGGAGCAGAUAUGGACACUCAUUUGCUUAAUCUUCCAGCUGAAUCAAAUAUGACAAUGAUGUCAGAACUAUCUAAUGGGCAAACCGUCCAACUUAUAGAUUUGGUACCUGGAACAUAUAUUGCAGUCCCUUCAGAGUUUGACAGUUCAACCAUUCUUACAAUGUCAUCUGAACCCAAUGAAGGAGCGCCUACAACCGUUUCUUUAUCUACUAAUGCUCGAGAUCAGCAGGAAAUAAUUGUGCCACAUUGUUUAAAUUCCCUUGAACCUUUCCACAAAACCAACUCAAAUGUAGUUUACUCAGAUGAUUUACAGUCACUUUCAAACUCCACCCAAACUAAUCAGUUUAUAAUUCAGUCUGAAAAUGGUGUCCAAACCAUCUUCAACAUCUCGUCAUCUACAGAGGCAGUUGGAACAAUAGGAACAAUACUGAAAGAGGCAGAUUGUCAAAUUCAACCUAUAGAAAACUGUAACUCUGAAGGAUUUGUGUCAGCACCAACAGGUUGUUCAGAUAUGUUUUCCAGCUCUAAUGGAAAUUUGACAAGUAGUGGCCCAUCUGGUUUUCCGCAAAUAACCAUUGAUACAAAUUCAGCAUUGCAUGGUGUGAACCCGACAGAUGCAAGUCAUCCGACAUCAUGUCCAACAUCUGUCAUUACAUUAUCUGGAAAUUGUGAUGCAGCAAAGUUAGCAUUACAUAAUUCAACUGUUCUUCCUCCAGCAGUCUGCCCCUCAAUGUAUAAAACAGUAAAAGGCGGAAGCAUAGAGGUCUUUGACACGGCCAACUCCUUGAACAGUGUUAUUUUAUUAUCAUCAGAACAAUCACAGUCAACAACUAAUUCCUUAAAUUCCUUUGAACGUCUAUUUGAAUGAAGGAUUCUCCAAAAAGUGUGUAGGUUUAUGUGGAUGAUAAUAAAAUUAUAAUCCCUUGG